UGCGACCAACCGAGUCAGUUUCGCACGAGCAACACGCGCGAGCAACACGCUUCCCUUGUAUUCUAGUUCAUCGGCAACACUCGCGUACUACGCGCGUGUCGACAAUAGUGACGCACGGCUCUUUAAAUUCUUAAGAACGAUCAAUGACCAGGCACUUCGAUUAACGCGAUCCCAUUUUGAUUCCGACUCUCGCCUCUCGAGACUCUUCCUCCUUUCUUUAUUGUCAGGUACUCGUCUGAGAUUCUUCGUAGAUGUUCGACACGAUUCGUGUAAUAAAGUUUGAUAAUAUUGGAAACGUUAGUCAGGUUUGAGAUAAAUGAGCUCGUGAGAAUUUAAGUUCGAAAGCGCGCGGUAGAUUCGUUUCGGAGCGGUGGCGGUGCAGCGUGUUCGACGCACGAGGUCUGAAAGACGGCGCGAGUCUUCAGAAGUGCCGCGAUCGAGAAAGAAUCUCGAGGAGCAUCUGUUUUCGUGGUGUCUGAGAAAGAGAUAGCACGCAUUAACCAAAAUAAUAGGUGAUCGAAUCAAAAGGAAACGAAAUAGCUGCAGAACCAGGCAGUGAUAUGAAGAAUACGAAAACCAACAGUUAUGCGGAAGUGAAUGGCAAGCAUGUGGCAAACGGCAAUAAAGAAGAGAUCGCCGCCAGUGGCGAUGAGGUCGAUGCCGUGCAAGAGGCGAUCGGGAAUCUUGGCAAAUGGCAAAUAUUCGUCUGUCUGGCGAUUUCUCUCGUCAAGUUUCCGAUUGCUUGGCACCAGCUCGCGAUCGUCUUCAUGGCGCCGCAUCAGAACUACAACUGCACCGCGCCGGCACGUGAUGAAACGUCUGACCAGUGUAUGGUCAAUGUCAAUGGAACGGUGACAGAAUGCACCGAGUGGGAGUACGACAGGAGUACGUUCACGGAAACAAUAAUAUCCCAGUGGAACUUAGUGUGCAGUCGAACACAUUACGCCAAUAUUCAACAAUCGAUAUUGAUGUUCGGCGUCCUCCUGGGCAAUGUAAUAUUCGGCAAUCUAGCAGACAGGUACGGUAGAAAAAUGCCGUUGAUGGUAUCUGUAGUUUUGCAAUUAAUUUCUGGUAUCGGAUGUGCCAUAGUGCCAUGGUUCCCGGCGCUUUUGUUAAUGAAAUUGAUUAGUGCCUUAGCCACUGGAGGCACGAUGGUUACCAGUUACGUUAUUUGUAUGGAAAUUGUCGGUACUAAAUGGCGAGCAGCCAUCACAGUACUUUAUCAAAUACCAUUCAGCUUGGGUCAUAUGUCAUUGGCCGGGCUCGGGUAUUUCUUUCGCCAUUGGCAACAUCUCCAAAUCGCCAUCACCCUGCCAUCCAUCAUCCUCCUAAGUUACUGGUGGAUCGUGCCUGAAUCUCCUAGGUGGUUGCUCGCCUUUGGAAAGCAGCGUGCGGCUUGCAAAGUUCUGCAGAAGGCAGCUAACAUCAAUAAGAUUAAAAACAAGGACAUUCCAGAGUUAGUCAGGCAACAUUGCUUGCAUCAGAAUUCCAAGCGAUCACAUUUGGACCACAAAGCUUCGUUCCUGGAUCUAGUACGCACCCCCAACAUGAGGAUAAAAUCACUGUCGAUCUUUUUCAAUUGGAUCGUCUGCGGAAUGGGACUAUUCGGGAUGUCUCAGUACAUAGGUCAAGUCGGUGGCGAUAUUUUCGUGAACUUCGCAGCUUCCGGCCUCAUACAAAUACCUGGGAAUUUCGUCUCGUGGUGGGCGAUGAACAGACUCGGUAGAAAGGUUUCGUUGAUCUGUAGCAACGUGAUCACUGGAGUCGCAGCUCUUUUACUCAUUGUAGUUUCUGAUGAUAUCGAAUGGCUUCGAUUAAUUCUAGUCUGCUUCGGCAUUGUCGGCAUGUCAGUCUCCUUCACAACUGUAUACCUGUUCUCAGGCGAAUUGUUCCCCACUGUUGUUAGAAACAUCGGAGUGGGUACCAGCAGCAUGUGCGCUCGAAUAGGUUCUAUUACCGCGCCUUUUGUAGUGUCUUUGGUAAGACAAAAGAUAACGAAUACUAAAUUUUAUACACAUGCUAUUAACAAUUUUAUUGUAGUUAUUACGAGAAUUAUAUUCCUGAUGUAGGCUCAAAUGCAAAUCUUUGCAAAGCUUUAAGAAUAAUA